GUGCCUCGGGAGCUGCAGGCACAGUGAAUAAACGCCCCCUGGGCUUCUCUGCAGGUGACAGGGAAGGGCUGAAGUGUCCCUGACCAGGCAAGAGGGGCCGGCCAGAGGACCUAGGCCUGACCCUGUUCCUCCGCAGAGGAUGAUUUUGACGCUGGGAACGAAAGAAAAGUCUCAACGGCCGUCCAGACCCAGGUCCCUGGGCUGAGGGUGUCCAACGCGCAGCUCUGAGGCAGCUGAAUCCACCACCUCGCCUUUAUCGGGAGAGCGGUUUGCCCACAUUCAGAGACGCAGAUCAGUCUCUAGUUUAUCAAGGAGGAAACACCAUUUUUCCCCCUGACAGAUUGGAAGUGUGGUGUUUGAGAAAGCCUGGUCUCAAGGAGAAUUUAGCCUGAGCACAAGGAAAUUGCCGUCCAUCCAAGAUUCUGGUUCUACUUCUACCACAACCUUUAGCAUGGCAGUAUCUCCCACUACUCUUUCUGGUCCAAGGAAAGAAAUGAGCAUUCUGGAAUCUAACCAGUACUUGCUCUCUCAGCUGGAAGAAAGCAAACAGAAAUUGCAAGAUCUCAGAGAGAAAUACCUCACUUCCAAAGCUACAGCUUUCUCUCUGGCCAACCACCUGCAGAAAUAUGAGUGUGAGGAGUACAAAGAACUCAUUAAAUCUGUGCUGGAAGAGGAGCUGCAGUCUGAAGAGGGCAGUGUGGCAGAGGAGUUGCGAAGAGGUGCAAGACUUGGGAAAUCUGAUAGCCUGUUUCAGGCUCAAGCCCAAGAACUGACCUAUUUACGGCAGAAAAUACAGGAAGGGAGAGGUGUCUGCUAUCUUUUUGCUCAGCACGUGAAAAAUGCAGUCAAAUCUUUUGAGAGUGUCCUCAGGAGCACUGGCGUCACCAGCUAUCAUGGACAAAGACUCUGUGAGCAACUGACCCAAGGAAGCAAGCUGGCAGAGCACCUUGCCCGCAGGCUCACCACUGAAAAUCAUAGUAAGAAGGAUGAAGACAGACAAAGGCUACUGGCUCUCAGGUUCAGCAGGGAGGUCCCAGAAGAGGAAGCAAAUGAAAUCCUGGAAGACUCACUAGAUGAACAGUACUUGACUCCUUCUAGCCACUGUGACUGUCAGCAGCCUUCUAGCAGCAAUGUGAUCUUGUCUAAUAUGCAAGAAGCCACCUCUGCUAUGGGCAUAGCCAGUCUUGGUGGAAUGGCUACAAAAGAUGAGAUGUGGAAGUUGCAGCAGCACCUGAAGGAAACCCUUUUCAUCAAUGACUGCCUGCGAGAAAGCCUGGAAUAUCACCUCAGCAUCUCUGACCGUGGAAACGGGUGCUCCUCCAGCCUCCACAGGCCAACCCUGGGUCCCAUUGCCCAGCCGGGUAGUGGAAGCAGUGACCUCCAGGAGGAAUAUCAGAGCCUCCCUGCUAGCCUGAAUUCUAUUUCCAGAGUGAUUGAUGCCAGCAGCACUGGAGGAAAAUGGCAAAGACUUGGGAUCAAGAAAAAGUCAGAAUAAUGUCUGCAGAUUGCUCAUCAGCCCGUGAAGCAUGUGUUAGUUUUCCUUGAAGGAUGAGGAUUUAGAAAACUCUUGAGAAUAAAGUUUAUUUUAUACACA